AUGAACGGGAAUGGACAAAUGGAUGUGCAAUACAUAGACACCGACUUUCCUUACACGCCUACUGAAAGCUUCAUGGACUUCUUUGGAGGUGUUACCCAUGUACCGAUGAACUACGGCCACGCCAUGCCGAUGCAUGAUCAGGCACGUUCUUCAUGCUUUUGGCAAUGGGAUAGUGAAACUGCAUACUGGUCAAUGAAUAUGCAUUCAUACAAAUUUGGACCCUCUGGUCCGGGGAGUAAUUCUUAUUACGGUAAUUAUUAUGAGGUAAAUGAUCAUUUGCCCAGGAUGGAUGUCAGCAGGAGGACUUGGGAACAUCCUUCAGUGAUGAAUUCAGAAGAGCCUGCAAACAUUGAUUCACAUCCAGAAGAAGAAGAUGCAGUCGCAGAAGCUGUACCUGAAGAAUGCCUUCAGAAUCAGCAAAAUACAAAUACUUCUCAGGUCGUAUGGCAAGAGGAUAUUGAUCCUGAUAACAUGACCUAUGAGGAAUUACUUGACUUGGGUGAGGCAGUUGGCACUCAAAGCCGAGGUCUUUCUGACGAACUUAUUAGUUUGCUUCCAACAUCAAAAUACAAGUGUGGAAGCUUCUUCUCAAGAAAGAAAUCUGGAGAGAGGUGUGUGAUUUGCCAGAUGAGGUAUAAAAGAGGAGAUCGACAAAUCAACUUGCCAUGCAAACAUGUUUACCAUAGUGAGUGCAUCAGCAAAUGGCUCGGUAUCAACAAGGUAUGCCCAGUUUGCAACCUCGAGGUUUCCAGUGAGGAAUCAAGGCAUUAA